AUGGGACAGGACGAGUCCACCCUCGUCGACCAGAGCGUCGUACCGCAGACGCUCUCAGCCAGGAACCUGUCCGCCGUCGCAGAAUACAUCAAGGAUGCUGGACAGAGAAAGAUUGUCGUUCUAACUGGCGCGGGCAUAUCCACCGCCGCAGGCAUUCCCGACUUCAGAUCACCCAAGACGGGCCUCUACAACAACCUCGCGCGUCUCAAUCUCCCCUACGCCGAAGCCGUUUUCGACAUCGACUAUUUCCGCCAGCACCCAGAGCCCUUUUACGUCCUCGCCCAGGAGCUGUACCCGGGUCGCUUCCAUCCGACCGUGUCCCAUGCCUUCAUCGCCCUGCUCGCCCGCCGCGGCCUGCUUCAAAUGCUCUUCACACAGAAUAUCGACUGCCUCGAGCGCCGUGCCGGCGUACCCGCAGACCGCAUCGUCGAGGCGCACGGCAGCUUCGCGACGCAGCGCUGCAUCGAAUGCAAGAAGGAAUUCCCCGACGAGGACAUGCACAGCCAUGUCUCUAGAGGCGAGGUGCCGCACUGCGCGGAGCCGAACUGUCGCGGGACCGUGAAGCCCGACAUUGUCUUCUUCGGCGAGUCCCUGCCGCGCGACUUUUCAGAAAAGUCGCACCACACUGCCAUGGCAGAUCUCGUGCUCAUCAUCGGCACAAGUCUAACUGUGUAUCCGUUCGCCGGUCUGCCCGAAAUGGCUCGCGAGGGCGCGCCGCGCGUGCUCUUCAACAUGGAGCGGGUGGGCCGCAUCGGCAGCCGCGCAGAUGAUGUCGUCCAGCUGGGAGCCAUCGAUGAUGGGAUCCGCAAGCUGGCGGACGAGCUUGGCUGGCGCGAUGAGUUGGAAGAGGUCUGGCGCGGCCUCGUGGGCACGGAGGAGGCGGAGAGGCAGCUGCGGAGCCAGAAGUGGCAUGAUGAGGACGUGGAAGAGGAAGUCCAAAAGCUGACCGAGGAGGUCGAGGCGGUCCUCACCUUUGAUGAAUCAGACGCGUCCGACAAGGGUCGCGACCAACAAGCGGAGGAGAAGACAGGGGAGGACACGCGAAGCCAAGAUCGCGACGAGAAGAGCCCCUUGCAUGAUGAGAGCAAUGCGACAGCAAGUCAGACAGACUCAGAUCGCAAGACUGCAGGGCCGCCUGGAUCUGUCGAUGAACUCGACAGGACGACAGAGAAAGUCACAUCCGAGCCAGAGACAGUUCCCCGGCCCCCGAUUACCGACACGAAUGUUGAUGACAAGCACGACGACAGACAAAAGCCUCUCUUGUAA